AUGACCAACCUCCUCACCUCGGUUCUCCCCCAACCACGAACCACCAUUCUCGGAAAAAUCAACAUCCCCUUUCCCAACGACAAGAUCUCCGAAUUCACCCCCUCGUCCCUCGAACUCCUAACUCAACUCCUCAGUCGAGCCCCAGGCCAACUGCCCUCCCUCCCCUGGUUCCACGACCAGAGCACUCUUCUCCACACCUUCCCGCCCUGCCUCUUACACCCCAAAAGCAGCGGCAUUAUUCCACGUCUUGCCGCUUCUCUAUCUUCCCUAAAGUUAGGCGAGAAAAAAGCUAUUUUAUGUCCUGCGCAUAAACCCCUCAACCCGUAUCUCAUCCGUGAGAUAUUCCUCGAGUUAACUGCUGAGUGCACUACUCGGCUCGCGCAUCUCACUCCUGCUGCUACUGCUUCAUCCGCCGACCUACCACUCCAUAUUCAAGAAUUGGUAGCUCGAAUGCAAAAGCUGAAUAGUACCUGGAUGCAACCGGAUAUAUAUCGACAAGCCUAUCAAGUAUCUCCCUCAACACCUCGCUACGAACGCAUAGCCUCAGGCUGCGAAGCCUGUAUUCUAGCCACCAUCGGCGGCGAUCGAACCAUCGUGCGCGAUCUCCUCGCGUCGAUUUUGGGACGCCGAAAGAAGAAUAGGGUGAUGGAGGGCUGGAUCGAUGUAGUACGAGCAUGGGGAUCAUGGCAGGAAGAUUCCGACGCCCUGACAUUGGAAUGUACGAACCUCGGACGCGAAAUCGGUCGAUGUAGAAAACAGCGUCAUGUACUGAGAAGAGCUGCGAGAAGAGCCGCGACGAGAGAACAAUUGGGUGGGACAAUAAACCCAUUUGCGAGAAAUAGCGAUUCCCAAACACUUAAUGGACGCGAUUCACUUGAAGAAGAGCAAGACGAGAAAGGAGAUGUGGAGAAUGAAAUUGUGGAUUUUUACGCCAACAUGAUGUCUCAGACAUCUCUUGCCUUGAAUGCAUCAUCGUCUUCUACUCAAAAUUUACAUCCAGAAGAAGGUGUGCACCCCGCAUUCCGCGGUACCAUGAUAUUCACGGGCGAUUUUUUCCAAAAUGCUUCGCGAGCAGUGCACGAGCAAGAGAGACGUCACUCAGUUUAUUCCCGCAGCGAAUACAACACCUCCCAAAUAUCACACCACGGAGCCGCAGCACGCGCCAGCGCAUAUCGAAAACUCGUUGGAGACGAGGAGAACGUCGAAUCAGAUGAAGAUGAGGAACUCGAAUUCACAAAUCCAUUUGUCGAUCUGCCAACACUGGGAAAUCGACCCGCGUACCGGGGAAGCCAGUAUGAGAACCCACGAGCAUAUCCCGCGCCUCCUUCUCCUCGAACUGUGAUUAGCAUACCCGAAGACAAAUCCAAGCACAAGCCCGCACCACGUCAUCGACGUCCUGAACCUCAAGAAAAUCCUUUCGCAAGAAAGUCACAUGUUGCUCACUCUGAAGGUGGUAGGCAUGGUGAUCGGGAGACUCGGAUCAGUGAUUUCAUGCAAUAG